AUGGGAGAAACUAUUUCACCCCAUGUCAUGCCAAAUGCAGGGGAAACGCUUCAAACACCUACUGAUUGGGUGUCCUAUGUUCAUCAAUUGAACAAUCAGCAUAAUCAAGCUAUGCAAAACAUGUUGCGUGAGCAACAAAUGUUGCGGGAGCAACAAAACCUUAUGCAAAAUAUGCUAAAUCAGGCAUUAUCAAGGGUUACUCUGCAACCCACCCAGACACCGCCAGAGUCAUCACCAUCCAGAUUACAGGCAAAUUUUGCGGGGCCCUCUUACGUGGAUAGCACUUUUCCAAGUGCUACUGCUACUAGGGUUGAUAUGGGAAAGACUCCUCUCACAUACCCAAUUAAUGUUCCACUGGGUGUUAGGGUCGAAUCAACCGACCCCAGAGAAGACAGAUUAGGGGGACAGGCUCACAAUCCCAUUCCUGUAUUUGAUCCUGUUCCGCCAAUGGUAGCUCCGGAAGACAUUGCUCAAGUCUUGAGAGUGCAUUUUGGAAUGAAUCCUCAGACGGUCAACAGACCGGCAUAUCAGAGGUCAUUCCCAGAAAGAAUCAUCAAUGAGCACCCCCUUCCGAGGAAUUAUAGACCACCCGACUUUCACUCGUUUUCAGUAGAAGAUGGAGCUUCAACCAUUGAGCACGUGGGACGCUUCACGGCUCAAUUGGGGGAAGUAGGCAAUAAUUCGUUUUACAAAUUACAAUUGUUUGGAUUAUCGCUCACCAGAACCGUUUUUUCUUGGUUCGCGAAUAUGCCGCCAGGACUGUUGCAAACUUGGGAAUGCCUGGAGGCCGCAUUCCAUGCAAGAUUCUUUAAUCCGCUCCCGACGGUCUCGCUCACAGAUUUCUUGGAGAUCCGGCAGAUGCUAGAAGAGACUGCAUAUCAAUUUAUAGAGCGGAUACGCCUCAUGAAGGGACGGUGCCCGACAAUCAUUGAAGAAAGUGAGAUGACCAAUUUAGUGGUCAGGAAUAUGCAUACCAGACUUCGGGAGGUGUUGACAGCUCAUGAUGUUUAG